UAGCAUUUAAGUGUUAGUGUCUGACAGUUAUUAAUACCUUGCAUACUUACAAAAAUAAGGAAUUUAGUAUUAAAAAUUUACGGAUAAAAUUGUAAAUUUCAUAUUAUUCUAUCGCAAUGUCUUUGUACAAGGCAAGAAGAAGUUCUUUGCGUCAAUCGCUCGCAUAUAAAUUAUUACCAAGGAAGACUCUGAUUAGGCCCGAUAGAUUAAAAGGUCGUUAUUUGUUUCGAUCGGCCGUACGGCGCGUUUUGCAAUAUAUGGAAUGGAUGGUAGAAGAACCAGUAAUCGAGGAAAUUAGCGACGAUGUAACGAUUAAUAUUAGACUGGCUCAAAAGAAGCAUAAAAUCGAAAAAAAGUUGCUCACAUUAAAGGAUCGAUCAAUAUUAUUAAUAAAACCGUCUGAAAGAUCUUCGGCGGAUAAAGCAUAUAUAUACGAUCUUAUCACAAAGUUUCACGCAUUCACGAAGCAACCGCAAGAUCUGAAAGAAAAUCUGGCAGCUGUGUGCAUUUAUCAAUAUUUACCGGCUGAUCGGGUGAUCGUUCGUCAGGGUCGUAGAGCAGAAAAUCUUUAUUUUAUUAUGAAUGGCGAAGUCAAUGUAUCGCAAGUAACAAUUGAUGAAUUAACAGGUGAUGAGAAAAUUGUAAAUGUAGGGAUUAUGCACUCAGGAGACAUGUUUGGUGAAAUUGCAUUAUUGCACACGAUACCGAGAACGUCAACGAUAAUCACUAAAACAUCGACUGAUUUGCUCUUAAUUACUCGGGACGAUUUCGAUAACAUUUUGCGCGAUAGUUUGACGAAGAAAUGGGACGUUCUUCGCGAUGCGUUGGUUCAUUUUAAUUAUUUUAAAUGGUGGGACGAAAAAACAGUACGAGAGUGUUGCAUUUUAAGUAAACUGAAGGACUUUAAGCCUAAUGAGGUUUUAUUAGGCGAUGGAAGAGGUCUGGUGAAUUACGUACAUUUUAUUCUAAGUGGUAAAUGUCGCCUUAUUGAGCAUAUGCUCAUUCGAGAGCGUCCUUCCUACCAUGGAAUGCAGUACGAAUUAUAUGAUUCUGAAACUUUGGGUCCACAACCAAGAAGAAAAUCGAAAAAAAUUAUAGAACCUGACGAGCUUGAAUCGAAUCAAUUUAACAAAUCCAUUCUAAGAUCUGUUGAAACGCAAGACGAAGUCGAUAGAUCAAGUAUCGUAACCACCACACUUUUGGACGUCAGGGCGUAUUGUAUUCGAGGAUCAUCUGAAAUUGGGCCAUCUUCCAGACUUUCCUUUGAGAUUAUGGAAACAUCAAAUAGAUCAGCGGAACCUACUAAGGUUGCUGAGGAAAGUGAAGACUGUGAUGAGGGUGUCAAAGGCUAUGUGGAACCUAGAUUUGAGUGUCCUAUUUGUCUAACAUGGCUGCGCAAUCCAGUUUUAACAUCCUGUGGUCAUAAGUUUUGUUCUCAAUGCAUUCACACUUGGCUUAAGAAAGAAGGCGCAUGUUGUCCAGUUGAUAGUCAACCUUUAAAAUCUGAGGAUCUCUUCCCAGAUCUUUAUACCACUAGAGAGAUAUCUCAGAAACGUACAAGUUGUAUUUAUCAUCAAUUCGGUUGUCAAGUAAAGCUAUCUCCUGUAGAUAUGGAAACACAUAUCACUCAGUGCACCUAUAAACAAGAUCUUUUAAAACCACAAGUAGAAAAUAGAACUAAUGCAAUGUCUGUGGAGUCAAAAUUGUGGGAUCCACCUUUAAAAAAUGGAAUACAAGUUGCAGAUAAGGAAGAGCCUCCUCCUGAUUGGCAACAAUUGCUUAAAAAUUUAUAUGAAAGAAUAGUAAUUUUGGAACAGGCAAAUCGGGAGCUCUCUAUAACAGUGUCUAAUCAGAAAAAUCAACUCGAAGCUAUGUGUUUACGAAAUUGUAAUGGAGUUUACAUAUGGAGACUGAAAACGUUUCAAGAAAAACUUGAUGCUAUGAUCAAUGACCCUCUAAAAAUGUUCUAUAGUCCAGGUUUUUAUACAAGCCCAAAUGGAUACAAGAUCUGCGCAAGAAUUAAUAUAUCAUCGAAGGAUCCCAAUUAUUUAUCUUUUGUUUUACACAUUAUGAAAUCAGAAAAUGAUGAUGCUUUGGACUGGCCAUUCAAUGGCACAAUGUUUUUUGCGUUAGUACAUCCGCAAGAUUCGAAAAAAAAUAUAUGUGAAAAAACGUCAUCAAAACCAGAUCUUGAGGCAUUCCGAAAACCGUCGUGCGAAUUGAAUAAACGUAGCUUCGGUUAUACGGAAUUUAUACCUAUAAGCGAUAUAACCAAUUUUUUGCUGCACGAUACUUUGAUUUUUAGAAUAGAAGUUCACCCAAUAUGUUUAAGAUACAUAGUAUAAACAAUCUAUACACUUUAUUUAAUGUAUUUUUAUAAUAUUGAAUAUUUUUAUAGCAAGUAUGUAUAUAGAAAUUAGAAAUACCUUUAUAAAAAUGUAAUACUGGGCAGUAUUAAAUUGGUUAGUAAAAGUACUGCUAUUAGUAUUUUUCAUACUUAAGAGGAUGCUAAAUUGCCCAAACUUGAUCGAGGUCAAUAACGUAGAGUCAUUCGUUAAUUUUUGUUCAUAAAAAUAUUUGUUUCAAAAUACAAAUUAUGUAGCUUAUACGUAUAAAUGAAUGGUAUCCCUCAGUUCAGAAUAGAUUGAGGAAUAAGACUAUAUUCGUCAAAUUACGAUUAGAAGCCAUAGAAAAAAGUUACUUGUGUGAUCAAAUUUUAUUCAUCUAAGGGCUUUCACCACAGAUUUAUGAAAAUUUAAUCAUACCAAAAACUUUCUUACGGUUUUUAAUUGUAAUUUGACGAAUAUAGUUUUAUUCCUCAAUCUAUUCUGAAGUGAGGGAUGCCAUUUACUUAUACAUAUAAGCUACGUAAUUUGUAUUUUGAAGCAAAUAUUUUUAUGAACAAGGAUAAACGAAUGACUCUAC